CCAAUUCUCUUCAACGUCGGCCAUAACCACAACCGGCGCACAUCCGUGAAAUUUCACGGAUAAAAUCUCUUCGAUUUUAGGACUUGGACAUCGACAAACGGAUUUGGACACAUCGAUUAAAACCUCAAGAUGGGAAUCAAGUUUUUAGAAUUCGUAAAGCCGUUCUGUGCGGUUUUACCAGAGAUUUCAAAGCCAGAACGAAAGAUUCAAUUUAGAGAAAAAGUAUUAUGGACUGCCAUCACCCUCUUCAUCUUUUUAGUGUGCUGCCAGAUUCCUCUGUUUGGUAUCAUGUCCUCCGACUCUGCAGAUCCCUUCUACUGGAUGAGGGUCAUCUUGGCCUCAAACAGAGGUACUCUCAUGGAGUUGGGUAUUUCACCCAUCGUCACAUCUGGCCUCAUCAUGCAGCUCUUGGCUGGUGCUAAAAUCAUUGAAGUUGGUGAUACUCCAAAAGACAGAGCAUUGUUCAACGGAGCACAGAAAUUGUUUGGUAUGGUGAUCACAGUUGGUCAGGCUAUCGUCUACGUCAUGACAGGAAUGUAUGGUGACCCAGCUGAUAUCGGUGCCGGUGUCUGUCUGCUUAUCAUUAUUCAGUUGUUUGUUGCUGGUUUGAUUGUGCUGCUCCUCGAUGAGUUGCUACAGAAAGGCUACGGUUUAGGAUCUGGUAUUUCCCUCUUCAUCGCGACAAACAUCUGCGAGACGAUCGUCUGGAAGGCAUUCUCUCCUGCUACCGUCAACACUGGAAGAGGUACUGAAUUUGAGGGCGCCAUCAUUGCGCUGUUCCACUUGUUGGCCACACGUACAGACAAGGUCCGCGGUCUUAGGGAAGCUUUCUACCGACAGAACCUGCCCAACUUGAUGAACCUGAUGGCUACCAUCUUCGUGUUUGCAAUUGUCAUAUACUUCCAGGGUUUCCGAGUGGAUCUUCCUAUCAAGUCGGCACGCUACAGGGGACAGUACAGCUCCUACCCAAUCAAGCUGUUCUACACAUCUAACAUUCCCAUCAUUCUACAGAGUGCCCUCGUUUCCAACUUGUACGUUAUUUCACAGAUGCUUGCCGCGAAAUUCAGUGGCAACAUUUUUGUGAACUUGCUCGGAGUUUGGGCUGAUGUUGGUUCUGGUGGGCCAGCAAGAUCAUAUCCUAUUGGAGGAUUGUGUUACUACUUAUCACCGCCCGAGACGCUCGGUCACGUGGCAGAAGAUCCCGUUCACGCUGUCCUCUACAUCAUCUUCAUGUUGGGCUCUUGCGCUUUCUUCUCCAAGACGUGGAUUGAGGUGUCAGGAUCCAGUGCAAAGGAUGUUGCUAAGCAACUGAAGGAACAGCAGAUGGUGAUGAGAGGACACCGAGAAAAGUCUAUGAUCCACGAGUUGAACCGAUACAUCCCAACUGCUGCUGCAUUUGGUGGUCUCUGUAUUGGAGCGUUGUCCGUUUUAGCUGAUUUCUUGGGCGCCAUUGGAAGUGGAACAGGUAUUCUAUUGGCCGUCACGAUUAUCUACCAAUACUUCGAAAUCUUCGUCAAGGAACAGAGUGAAAUGGGAGGAAUGAGCACGUUACUGUUCUAAGUGGACUUCAAGCAAUAGACUUAUUUUCUCAGAGACAAUUUUAUAAAGUAUCUAUUCAGAUGACUUGUACAUAUUCUUAUCCCCGCUAUUCCCUGGAACAUCGAUACACUAUGCUACAAUGGACAUCAGGUAGCAUUCAUAGUUUGUCAUGGUCACAUGUCUGGUUACUCAAGAGUGGAAUAUGAUGUCAAAACAGGGAUUAACAACCACUGUUGUGUUGUUCUCACUUCCUCACCUGCCUAGCUUCUACAGCCUGUACAGCACAGACUUCUGAAUGUGACAGUUCUGUCAUGUAUUACUCAGCGAGGACGUUAUGUUCUGAACAUCUGUGUUGUCAUAAGUUAUGCUAAUGUGAUGGUUCUGUUCUUUUGCCUGAUCAGCAUUGGGUCACAGCCCACCUCUGCUCACUACUAUUUAUUCUCUUUUGUUUGAAGAAAUCAGAGUUUUAGUUCAGUUUUAUUUUGGAUGAUCUUCAAUAGAGGGAGAUUGCCAAUGGUGUAUUUGUCUCAAAUGAUGUUGUGGUAGGAAAUUAAAAUGACUGUGUGCUCUUGUAGUAUUAUACCCUAAUGAAAUGUUUGAUUCAAUCAAAUUUGAUAACAAUGAUAGUCAGUUCAAGUGAUUUAAUUUGCAGUAGUGAUGUUAUUGGUUUGGCAUCUCGUGUGUUUUGGAACAUGAAGUGCAGUUGGGUCAGUUUUGUUGGUGGUGGAGUUGAACUUGUCUGUAAGGCCAAAGGAGAAACUCUGUGUAGAGAAGACUUCAUGGUUGUGCUUGUGUUGACAGUACACGUUGGUAGGUUGUAUUUCACCUGUUCUUGACAAUCACCCUGUAUAGGAUUUCAUGCAAUGGGGAGACAAAAGCAGGGCUAAGUUAUGUUCCUUGUCUAGAAAUUAAGCAGACGGCUUCAGUCAACUUGGUUACAAAGAGAUGUCACUUGUGUAUAUUGCACAGUGGAUGUUUUAGCUGUUGUCAACCGCCAAAGUUUUUAACCCUUGGAGGGCUGUAACAUACAUACAUGUAGAACAUGGUGUUCAUCUUAGCCUAUCCAAACAUC